AUGGGGACUGUGGGGGAGCUGCGGAUGCCCGUCCCAGGCAUGCGGAAUGCUGCCACGAUGUUGUCAGGUUUUCAGAUUUUUAUUCAAGUGAAGCUGAAAGAGCAGCGGCGCCUGGUGGAGAACACGGAGGUGGAGUGUUAUGACUGUCUCACCGCUUGCCUGCUGCAGUCGGAGCUGGUGAACUAUGAGCGCGUGCGCGAAUACUGUCUCAAGGUGCUGGAGAAGCAGCAGGGCAACUUCAAGGCCACCUACCGCGCUGGCAUUGCCUUCUACCACCUGGGUGACUACCCACGCGCGCUGCGCUACCUGCAGGAGGCCCGCAGCCGAGAGCCCACAGACACCAAUGUCCUCCGCUACAUCCAGCUGACUCAGCUGAAGAUGAACCGGUGCGGCCUCCAGCGGGAAGACAGUGGGGCUGGGGCCCGGACUCGGGAUGUGACUGGCUGA